CGGGCGGCGGCGGCGGCGGCGCGGGGCUGCUCCGCUGAGGAGCCGCGGGCCGCGCCGGCACCUCCGACAUGGAGCCCGAGACGCUGGAAGCCCGCAUCAACAAAGCGACAAACCCCCUGAACAAGGACCUGGACUGGGAUGGUAUCAAUGCUUUCUGUGAGCAGCUCAAUAAGGAGCUAGAGGGUCCUCCGCUCGCUACCCGACUUCUUGCCCACAAGAUCCAGUCUCCACAGGAAUGGGAAGCUAUCCAGGCCCUCACGGUGCUGGAGUCCUGCAUGAAGAGCUGUGGCAAACGCUUCCAUGACGAGGUGGGCAAGUUCCGUUUCCUCAACGAACUCAUCAAAGUGGUGUCACCCAAGUAUCUUGGCAGCCGAACGUCAGAGAAAGUGAAGUCAAAAAUCCUGGAGCUGAUGUACAGCUGGACAUUAGGGCUUCCUCACGAGGUGAAGAUCUCAGAAGCCUACCAGAUGCUGAAGAAACAAGGGAUUGUGAAGUGUGACCCCAAGCUGCCUGAGGACUCUCCUUUUCCCCCUCCUCCCCCUCGACCCAAGAACAUCAUCUUUGAUGAUGAAGAGAAAUCCAAGAUCCUGGCUCGUCUCCUGAAAAGUUCCCAUCCUGAGGACCUCCGGGCUGCCAACAAGCUCAUCAAGGAGAUGGUUCAGGAGGACCAGAAGCGCAUGGAGAAGAUCUCCAAGAGGGUGAAUGCCAUUGAGGAGGUGAACAACAACGUGAGGCUCCUGACAGAGAUGGUGACAAACUACAGCAAGGGGGAGACAACAGAAAGCAACGAGGACCUGAUGAAGGAGCUGUAUCAGCGCUGUGAGCGCAUGAGGCCCAUGCUUUUCCGGCUUGCCAGCGACACAGAAGACAACGACGAAGCUCUGGCGGAGAUCCUGCAAGCCAACGACAAUCUGACGCAGGUGAUCAAUCUCUACAAGCAGCUUGUCCGGGGAGAGGAGAUCAACGGGGAGACAGUGGCUGGGCCCCUUCGAGGCAGCACCUCAGCACUUCUGGAUCUGUCAGGCCUGGAUCUUCCAGCAACAGGCCCUUCCUACCCAGCCUUGCCCACCCUUUCAGGUGGCUCAGCAGUCCCUGUGCCUGACCAAGCUGGCUCUGUCUCCUUGCUGGAUGAUGAACUCAUGUCUUUAGGCCUGAACGACCCAGCGCCACAUCCUGCCCAGGCUGCUGACAGCAGUGGCUGGAACAGCUUCCAGUCAUCAGACAGCAAUGAGCUCACUAUCGCCCCCAUCACGGCAACACCACCAGUCAAGGCAGAUGCUGGCGCAUCCUCCCCCAAACCUUCUCCUUGCACCAGUGGCCUGGAUGACCUGGACCUCCUGGGCAAGACUCUGCUGCAACAGUCUUUGCCUCCAGAAUCUCAGCAAGUGCGAUGGGAGAAGCAGCAGCCGCCUCCUCGGCUCACCCUGAGGGAUCUGCAGAACAGGAGCAGCUCUGGCACCACGGCUCACAACGCCAGCGCUCUGCCCGUGCUCCAGAGCGUUGCCCCUAACCCCCCGUCUCCCCUGCCCUCAGAGCUGCCCGUCCCUGCCACGCUCCCAAAAGCUGUGGCCGCACCGGCGGGAAGCACCCCGACCCCGCCACGGCCUCCUGCUGCCACGGAGCUCUCGCUGGCCAACAUCACUGUGCCUCUGGAGUCCAUCAAACCCAGCAGCAUCCUGCCCGUGACGGUGUACGAUCGGCACGGCUUCCGCGUCCUCUUCCACUUCGCCAAGGACGCGCUGCCCGAGAGGCCCGACGUGCUGGUGGUGGUGAUCUCCAUGCUCAGCACGGCCCCCCAGCCCAUCCGCCACAUUGUCUUUCAGUCUGCUGUCCCCAAGGUGAUGAAGGUGAAGCUACAGCCUCCCUCGGGCACGGAGCUGCCGGCGUUCAACCCCAUUGUCCACCCCAGUGCCAUCACACAAGUCUUGCUGCUCGCUAACCCACAGAAGGAGAAAGUGAGGCUACGAUACAAGCUGACUUUCACCAUGGGAGAGCAAACCUACAACGAAAUGGGGGAUGUGGAUCAAUUUCCCCCACCGGAGGCCUGGGGCAACCUCUAGGGCCGCACGUUGCGGGCAGCACGCUGGGGAGCCCUUGAGGAGCAGCCCUGCAGGGCCGGAGCAGCCAGAGGAGAGGGGCAGGGCAAGGCAGGGGGCUGCUGCUCAUGUACCAUUCCCCGGGUUGGCUGGGCGAGGGCCAGAGGGAGCAUGCCUGGACAAGGAGAGGAGAGACCCAGGAGAUGUUCAUCCCACAAGGCUGGGAGCAGAAUGAAAAGCUUUCUGUAGGUGAACAGUUGUCUUGCUUGCUCUUCUGGAGGCACCACUCCCUCCCCAGUCUGUCCUGCCACCCUUCUAACCCUGCUUUCCCAUUCUGGGUGCAAUAGGGAAACAAGGAGGGGCAGCUUUCACAGCCUCGGCCUGUGGCAAGGCCUAGCAAAGGAAAACCCUUUUCCUCGUCUGUCCCCUCCGUGCUUCCCAGCCCUGCUUCAUUUCUCUGUGGUGCUCCCUCUUGCCCCCCUGUUUGGAGCUGGGCCCUGUCUGGUGGGAUCACACUGAGCUGGUGUGGAACAAGGUCGGACAGAAACUAGGUGUCUGUUCAGCACCAGUGAGCAGGCAGCUGCCCUUGCUUGGGGGGAGAACAGGGCAGAGACCUGCCUCUCUGCCCCUCCUUCCAGCUGUUGGGGCGUGCUGGGCUGGGAGCCAGGGGGCUGGGCAGGGGUCGCUCUCAACCUCUGUCCCCUUGAGCUGGAGCUCCUGGGGACCGAGCCCCCACCCUCUCCCACCACUGCUGCCAGACUGUCCUGUGUGCCAGCCCUGAGAGGGAUGUGCUGGGAAGGGGCAGGGGGGAGCCUCCCUGCAGCCUUCUGCCAGGCAGUGAGAGGAAGCAGCACAGGGCUGGGCAGGAGCCCUUGGUGGGGCAGGGGACUUUAUCAGCUCUUCAAUAGGGGAGGUGAUGGGCUGUAUUUUGAGGAGAGGCUUGGAGCCCAGCAAAUUGUGGGGGAAGGGCACCCCUAAGCACAGCCCAAGGGGGGGGUACAGCUGUGCCUUGCACACCUUUGCCUGAUCACUGUGACAGGAGUGGGGAUCUGCAGGCACGGAGGAGAGCGGGGUGGGGGGUGGCACGUCCCCAGCCAUCCCCGUCCCUGGGAUGUUUGCCACCGUGGGAGCCGCCUCUCAUCCCUAAGCUGGUUUUAAGAGGGCCUGAAUGUUUAAAGCAGGAGCAAGCUGCGCCCUGCCUUGGAUUGCUAGAGGUAGUGGGAGGCUUGUGGGAGGUGAGAGCUCGUGCCCUGGGCUUGGGGGCAGCAAUGCUGAGGUGCGGGAGGUGGGCGCAGCGAGCGGUAGAGGAGAGGGGGAAGCAAGGCCUGUGUGCUGGGCUUCUGCUGUGUCUUACUUCCCUUUCUGGCCUCUCUUCAGGGUUUUGUAUGGGGGUUUUGGUUUUCUUUUUCUUUGCAGAUCUUGUUUGGUUCUUGAACAGACUUGUAUAUAUUUUCAGUGCAAAAUUCUGUAAAUGGAAGAAAACAAACCAACAAAACAGAGGUUUGAAACUGAAACGCCCGGCGCGCAGAAUCUGCUGUAUUUAUGGGAAAUAAAAGAGUUCUUUCCUCA